AUGGAGGUGAAUACAUCAUUAUUAGGACCCAACUUCAUAGAUUUGCGCAUCUUAACGGAGAAACUUCUGUCGUCCGCAAACCAGUCUCAUAAGUUUCCAGACAAUGAGACGGACCCUGUCUCCCAAGACGAUUUGGACGUGAACACAGACAUAUACUCAAAAGUUUUGGUUACCGUGACUUAUGUGCUAUUGUUUGUUGUCGGCUGUUUGGGGAAUUCGAUCACCCUGUAUACACUUGUGACCAAGAAAUCUCUGCAGAACCUCCAGUGUACGGUGCAUUAUCACCUGGCGAGUCUCGCCAUAUCAGACCUUCUCAUCCUGAUCUUAUGCAUGCCCAUUGAGCUGUACAACUUCAUCUGGGUGCAUCAUCCGUGGGCUUUUGGGGAGGCUGUUUGCAAAGGUUACUACUUUUUGCGGGACGGCUGCUCAUGUGCGACGGCGUUCAACAUCGCAAGUCUGAGCGUGGAGCGCUACAUGGCUAUCUGUCACCCGUUCAAGGCGAAGAGCAUCAUGUCGCGGAGCCGCACCAAGAAAUUCAUCAGCGCCAUGUGGCUCGCGUCGUUUUUGUUGGCCACCCCGAUGCUCUUCACAAUGGGACAGCGUCUCGCGGACAAUGAGUUCAUAUGCACAACCAUCGUGUCCUCGAUAACUGCCAAAACUGUUCUACAGGUGAAUGCCUUCCUAUCCUUUGUGGUUCCCAUGGCGUUGAUCUCAGCAUUAAAUGGAGUCAUUGCCAGUCAGCUGGUGCGCAUGUUUAGGGAGACAACACAGGACAAUCGCAUCUGCAUCGCUGGAGGCAUUACUACUAUGCUCAGUGUUGCUGUUGAACCCAACCGUGCCCAAUCACUGCGCCAUGGAGUCAUGGUGCUACGUGCUGUGGUCAUUGCUUUUGUGGUGUGCUGGUUGCCAUACCAUGCCCGAAGACUAAUGUUCUGUUACGUCACCGAAUGGACACACACUCUCUUCGAUUUCUACCACUACUUCUACAUGGUCACCAAUGUGCUCUUCUAUGUCAGCUCAGCCAUAAACCCCAUCCUCUACAAUCUUGUCUCCGCCAACUACCGGCAAAUAUUUUUUGCCACGCUUCGCUACUUCUUCCUGCCGUGCCGCCAUAAGAAACAGAAGCGUGUUCUCACUAGACACUCAGUCAGCAUAUGCAGCAACCAGACCUUCUCCACCAACGUCAUCAAGGAAACCAUUUACUGACCACUGCCAAUGUCCAUUUACUUCAUUCAACAAAGCCAAGGAGAGACCACUGAAGUGAAAAUUGUGUUCAGAGUUAUUAUGACAAUAAGUAUUAUGGUCAUUCUACUGAAUGCUACUAAGCUUUUAAGUGUUGCAGAAUAGACUUGAGACACCUACAGUGGGUGUAAUUGUAGCAUUUUGGUAUCACAAAAUGAGAAUAAACAAUGUAUAUGCUGGGGAAAUAAAUGUACAGUAUAUUAAGAUGUUUAUUGUUUUCAUUUGACAAAAAUAAGUAAUACAAUAAACAGUGAUGGGUGGCUAAAAGGGAGGUAAAAAUAUUAGGGAGAAAAGGAUAAUGAUAAUGAGAGGAUGGGAGAUAAAUCAAGGUUGAAGUGAGAAAAGAAUAUAAAGAAGGGAUGCAUCAUUUGCAUCAGUCUUUCUUAAAUGUGAUAUAUUUUUUUCACUGUUGAAAUACUUUCUCCUUUCACAAUUUUACAGUAUAAAUAUAAUGGCAAUUUUCCACUGCACCUUACGGUUCGACUCGCCUCAACUCUACUCGCUUUAUUUUUCUGAGCUUGCAUUUCCACUGCAGUUCAGUGCCCCUCAAUGUGGGUGGGAUUAUAGGACGAUCAUCAUAGUUGCGCCUCUUCUACUGCCAUGACAUCAUCUUAAACACGACACAAACUGACCAAAACAAUAACACAACCACUAGCGAUUAGCUAAUUGCUGUAUAAAGCAGUUGUUGCAUGGUGAUUUUACAUAAGUGUAAUGGUUAAAUUGGCCUUGUUGUUUUAGAAGCAAGCUUCCAGGAGCUGGACAACUAAAUAAAGUGAAGCUUUCAAGCAGAGUAUAGAGUUAACGUACAAAACGUACCAUCCUCCUUCAUGGCUGAGUCCAGGGCACUCUCUCUCCCAUUGCUCGCCGGUUUAGAUAGCGUCCAUUUGGUCGAACCACUUCCACUUUUCCUUGAUGUUUCUGUAGUCACUUUUACGGUUUUUUUUAUUUUCCCUACACUGUUGGUAGGUCCGGUGGUAGCCAUGUGCGGCCAACAGCUGAGACACUUCCUGAGAGACAUUUUCGUUUUGCUCAUUGCUAACGAGCAGACCGUCUGCACCUCGUUCAUUGACCACGGCGUGGUUUUGCGCACGGCCAUUUCUUUUUUCACAAUUUGAAAGUCCCGUGAACAAAUUAUACUGUUAUCGCUGUUGCUAACUUUAAUACUAGGGUGUUGAUAUUGCGUAUCGGAAAUCUAGUGAUGCUGGUAGUGACGAUUCUCCCUGACCAAUCAGUGAUCUGCAGGAUUUUAACGUCACAUUUAGUAUCGGUUCGGCUCGCUUGGAACCUCGAUCAAGGUGGUACUAAAAAAAGUAUCAGGUACUAGGUACUAUUCACAGUGGAAAACCCCAAAAAAGUGAGAAGAGUCGAGUUGAGUCGAGUUGUACCAUGCAGUGGAAAAGCCCCAUAUGUAAGCAAUUUCAGGUUGAUUCCCUCGAAAUGUGUAAUCACUGUGGCUUUGUGGCACUAUCAAAACAUUGCUCGGUUUGUUAGCAUCCAGACCAUGAGUGCAUUUCCAAAAAUUAUUGGUAGCCAUUAGCCAACUACAGUAUGGUUGCAAGUUCCAAUGUUGUUAACAUCGUUUAAAGAUUUGGUGUUUCACGAAAACGCAGUUCCAACGAACUUUCGCAAACAGCAUUGCUAAAUUGUGUGGAUGGAACUUCAGCUCGCCACUUGUGGUUAAAGGCAAAUUUAUUUGUUAGUUUGCUAUGUGGACAUUAUUUCACUUUGCUGAGGCUUCUAUAUUUUUUAUUCUGUAUAUUCAGUAGGUAUAUUUCAUUCUGUUAACACUUUGAACACAUUUAUAUGCAUUUAAGAAAAUGGCUUAAUUCAGGGGGUUUUCAGAAAAGGGAUUCUGAAGUGAUGGGAACAGAUGGCAAACAGUUUGUAUACGUGCAACAGUUGCUAUUGUGUAUAUGAAGUAUAUCCAUCUGAUACAGUUUGUACCAACUAACCAACAUUGGAAUAAAUGUGAACA